GAGGAAGCACCGGGAUCAGAUGGCAAGAGGAACGAGCACCACCGCGAUCCCGGGGGGCGGGGGCCGCCAGACUCCCGGCGUGCAGCGCGCGGUCCCGGCGUGCACCGCGGCGCUUGAAGGCGGCGGCGCGGUGUGUGGCGCGGUCGACGGGAGCGAGGCGCUGGGCUUGCUGACGGCCGGAGGCGGCGAGGCGGGUCGGCAUGGAAGUGAAGGAUGCCAAUUCUGCGCUGCUCAGUAACUAUGAGGUGUUCCAGUUACUAACUGAUCUGAAAGAACAGCGUAAAGAGAGUGGAAAGAAUAAACACAGUACUGGACAACAGAACUUGAAUACUAUCACCUAUGAAACAUUAAAAUACAUAUCAAAAACACCAUGCAGUCACCAGAGUCCUGAGAUUGUCAGGGAAUUUCUCACAGCAAUGAAAAGCCACAAGUUGACCAAAGCUGAAAAACUUCAGCUGCUGAAUCACAGGCCUAUGACUGCUGUUGAGAUCCAGCUGAUGGUGGAAGAGAGUGAAGAACGGCUCACAGAGGAGCAGAUCGAAGCACUCCUCCACACGGUCACAAGCAUUCUGCCUGCAGGGCCAGAGGCUGAGCAGAAGAAAACUACCGGCUAUGACGUGACAAUGGAUGAAGAGGACCCGGCAUAGAAGAGCACAACUGGGCCAAGCAUCUCAUGAAGUUGAAAGGCCAGCAGCUGUUUUUCAGACAUAGAGGACUGUUUGUUUAGUUUUACCCUCUAUCCCAACAGACCUGAUUUCAUGGUUAGUUAGUUGGGUAAAUCACAAAAAUAAGCCUUUCUCAAAAAUAAGCUGAAGAGAGAAAUAUCUUUGCAUCCAGGAGAAGAAACAUGGUGAAGACAGGCUGAGGUUGUCAGGGCAGAGAGCUAAAGAAAGGAGGGCCUAGUCAAAGAGGACAAUGACUGGGGAACCCUCUGUGGGAAAAAUAUUUCUUUUGUGGCCUUUGCCACAGUUGUGGGAAAGUCCUUUAUAUGCCGCUAGUACAAUACUUGCGUCGCCUUUGUGGGCUGUCCUACAAAUUAGCUUCAUCUACUUCCUCAGGGACUUCCCAAGCGGGGGCCAGAGUGCUGUUGGGAUGAGAACUGAGUUAGCAGAAUCCAGUUAGAUGGCUAGUCACUCCUAGACCAGCUCUAGGUUAAAGUGAGCUGCUGAACUUGGCUCACCUUAGAGCAGCGGUUCUCAACCUGUGGGUCGCGAUCCCUUUGGGGGUCGAACGACCCUUUCACAGGGGUUGCCUAAGACCAUCAGAAAACACAUAUAUAAUUACAUAUUGUUUUUGUGAUUAAUCACUAUGCUUUAAUUAUGUUCAAUUUGUAACAAUGAAAUUGGGGGUCACCACAACAUGAGGAACUGUAUUAAAGGGUCGCGGCAUUAGGAAGGUUGAGAACCACUGCCUUAGAGGAAUCUUUUCUUCAAGAACGGCAGAGAUAAAGAACUGGUCUGCCAACCCUUCAUCAGGUCUAAAGGCCCUUUUCCUCUAUGGCAUGGGCUUUGUUUACCAGCCCACUAUUUAGUCUUAAAUGUUCAGGCACAGCUCAUUCCAACUGAAAAGGCACUUCAAACUCAUUGACUGGCAACAAAUGCAGUGUUGGUUGCCUUUCUGACUGCCCUGGGCAGGUGCCUCCUUGGAGACUAGGUGAGCUUCAUUUGCACAACAGGCAAAUUAUUUGCAUCUUUAAAAAGGGUACAAUUAUGCACUCUUUUCAUAAAAUAUGUAAGAAAUAGAGGUUGAUUAAUGAGAAUUUGAAUUUAUUGGCUAUUGCAGGGUUUCAGUUUUUAAAUUUUUAAAAUAUUUUGAUAAUUAUGUGAAGAGCUUGUUAAUAAUAUUCAAGCGUUAGAGAGUUUAGUAGCUCCCAGAUAUGUGAUUGCUUUUGGUCCUAGGAAUAUUGAAAGCAAAUCUAAUUUCCCACAUUCAUUCUUCUCCCUAUUUGGGGAAGAAAAUGGCCAUAGACAUUAAUUUGCCAAAUGGGCACUCAUUUGUUGUAAGAUUACAUAUUUUCAAUGCUGCUGUUAAUUGGAUUACUUCCCAUUCCCUGUGAUUUCUAGGUUUUUAUUUUUUUACCUCCUUCCCUCUCCCAGUUGUAAUUGUGUCAGUCUUAACCUUAUCGUCUAAGGACCAGGGAGAUCUGCUUACAGGCAACAUUAAAUGAACAGGAUAUUUAUUUUUAAAUCUUUCUUGAGUAUUGGGAAUUUUACCAGGGGCUAUUUUUGUUAGUCAAGGCAUACAUGUGCUUAUGUAUUGUUUCAUCUUAACCAUGAGUGUGUUAGAUUCUUUUGCUUGAUGGAUUUAAGGCUUAAUCCAUGUAAUAAUAAAUUGUUUUCAGGUGACU